CAGUCCGUCCAAGCCCCUCCCCCAGCUAGCAGCGGUAGCUAACAAGUUAGUGGUGCUAGCAGUGGCUAAGCUACAUGCUAGCUGGCGCUUUGAGAAGAUGGCAACGGACUGGCAAACUUCAGCUAUUGAGCAAGCCGAAUUGAUAUCCAGUCGUCUCAGAGAGCUGUUAUCCACCGGGGAGGGAUAUAUCCGAUCGGAGUUUGGGGUGGAAUUGGGACUGACGCCUGAGCUGUACCCGUCAUGGGCGAUUCUCUCCGCGGCGGCCGCGGUGGGGCUGCUGGUCAUGUCGUGGGCCGCGGUCUGUAGCGGACUCUUCGGUGGGAAAAAGCUAGGAGCUCCGGUUACACAAGACAGUGGUGAUUCCCUCAAGGCCCAAGUGAAUAAGAUUGUGAAGCCCGAGGCACAAAAUAAAAAGACUAAAAAGAAAUCUACUGAAAAGAAGGCUCAGUAUAAUGGACGAACAGUUCCAGAGCCUCAGGAGGAAGUGACAGAAGAAAUGACCAAACCUUCCCCAGAGAUUACUACUGAGGUGAAGAAAACCAAGAAGAAAGCCAAACCCGAGGUGAAACCAGCCAAGAGGGUUUCUGCUGGCGAUGGCAAAGAGCCUGAUGAUGGUGCGUGGGAGACUAAGGUGAGUAACCGGGAGAAGCGGCAGCAGAAGAGGAAGGAGAAGGGGCCUGAUGGGUCAGGAAGCCCGGAGGGGGUGCCGGUACCUCACCGCCAGGUGGAACAGCCUCCUCUCACCGCCCCGGUCAACAGGAAGAACAGAGAGCCCUUGCACCUGAGGCCUGGGAAAGGAGAUUCUUUCACGACACCAGUGUCCACCAGCUGGAGAGAGGAGCCGUCAGUGAAUGGUGGAGGGUGGCCAGAUAUCUCCAUGAAGCUGCCCACCCAUAUAUGCUCUUCAGACGGGGAGAAGUGGCCGGCCAUCCCUAAAGGACCCCGACACUUGAACUCUGAACCCACCUGGAGACAGGACACUGAAGGGUCGUGGAGUGGGGUUGAUGGGAGGAUGAAGACUGAACUAAACACAUUACCCUCUGUACUUGGACUGAAGACUAUAGAGCACAUCACCCAUCCUGCCUCUGAGCUGCAGUGGGAAUGCCCCUCUCCUUCUGAUGAGUGGUCAGGAUUAAGCGCUAUUGCAGCAGCGGACCCCAGCUCAGACUGGAACGCCCCUACGGAGCUGUGGGGGAACUAUGAGGGACCCCCGGUGGUAGAGGCCCCCGGCCCCCCGCCCCAGGACCCUGCACCCAACCACCCCCAGGGGGCACAGGGGUCAGACGAUGACAAGGAGAAGGAUGACUCUGCCGGGGGGGCUGCCAGGUCCAAGAAGAAGAAGAAUAGGAAGAAAAAAGCAGAGGAAGGUGGUCCUACAGGCCAGGUGACCUCUGACAGCAUGACAGUCACACCAGUGGAGAGUUCAGCACUUCCCCCAGCAGGGACCAAACAGUCCAUCUCCCAGCCGUCCUCACAGAAAAUAUCCGACCCGAGCUUCGAUGCUCCCAAGCCGUCCCAGAAGAAGAAGAGCCGGAAAGAGACAGGAAGUUAAGAAACAAGAACCCACAUGAAUUAUUAUGCAAAAGGAUUGUUCAAUGUGUUAUAAAUGCAAUCAAUCAUUUGCAAGUACAGACUUUUAUACAGAAUAGUUUGACUGUACUUUUUAAAUAUCCCCCAAAAAAGAGAGAACAGCUCAUUUAGCUGGGGACUGGUCAGCCUAAUCUAACCUAUUUACACUAAAUGCUACACGGAAGUGGAAUAGGGGGUUUAGGAGGGAGGUUGUUAACUUAUUUUUGUGAAUUAUUCAAAAGUAGCCUGUGUACCGGAGUCCUAGCUAGCUAGCUGGUACGGUGUCGCCCCCCACCUCCUGCCUGUGUACCAGAGUCCUAGCUAGCUAGCUAGUACAGUGUCGCCCCCCCACCUCCUGCCUGUGUACCAGAGUCCUAGCUAGCUAGCUGGUACAGUGUCGCCCCACCUCCCGCCUGUGUACCGGGGUCCUAGCUAGCUAGCUGGUACAGUGUCGCCCCACCCCCCCACCUCCCGCCUGUGUACCGGGGUCCUAGCUAGCUAGCUGGUACAGUGUCGCCCCCCCCCCACCUUCCGCCUGUGUACCAGAGUCCUAGCUAGCUAGCUGGUACAGUGUCGCCCCACCCCCUGCCUGUGUACCGGGGUCCUAGCUAGCUAGCUGGUACAGUGUCGCCCCCCCCCACCUCCCGCCUGCGUACCGGGGUCCUAGCUAGCUAGCUAGCUGGUACAGUGUCGCCCCCACCUCCCGCCUGUGUACCGGGGUCCUAGCUAGCUAGCUGGUACAGUGUCGCCCCACCCCCCCACCUCCCGCCUGUGUACCGGGGUCCUAGCUAGCUAGCUGGUACAGUGUCGCCCCCCCCCACCUCCCGCCUGUGUACCAGAGUCCUAGCUAGCUAGCUGGUACAGUGUCGCCCCACCCCCUGCCUGUGUACCGGGGUCCUAGCUAGCUAGCUGGUACAGUGUCGCCCACCUCCCGCCUGUGUACCGGGGUCCUAGCUUAAAUAUGGACCAAUUGAAGUAUAAAGAGGGGUGAAGAUAUGAAGUACUUAGACACCAGUAGAGACAGUAUGACAUGAAGUACUUCCAGACACCAGUAUGAGACAUGAAGUACUUCCGGACACCAGUAUGAGACAUGAAGUACUUCCAGACACCAGUAUGAGAUAUGAAGUACUUCCAGACACCAGUAUGAGAUAUUAAGUACUUCCAGACACCAGUAUGAGAUAUUAAGUACUUCCAGACACCAGUAUGAGAUAUUAAGUACUUCCAGACACCAGUAUGAGAUAUUAAGUACUUCCAGACACCAGUAUGAGAUAUUAAGUACUUCCAGACACCAGUAUGAGAUAUUAAGUACUUCCAGACACCAGUAUGAGAUAUUAAGUACUUCCAGACACCAGUAUGAGAUAUUAAGUACUUCCAGACACCAGUAUGAGAUAUUAAGUACUUCCAGACACCAGUAUGAGAUAUUAAGUACUUCCAGACACCAGUAUAAGACAUUAAGUACUUAGACACCAGUAGAGACAGAAUGACAUGAAGUACUUCUAGACACCAGUAUGAGAUAUUAAGUACUUCCAGACACCAGUAUAAGACAUUAAGUACUUAGACACCAGUAGAGAAAGUAUGACAGGAAGUACUUCCAGACACCAGUAUGAGACAGGAAGUACUUAGACACCAGUAGUUUUGUGCUCUGCUGUGUAUGAGAGGGUUCUUAUCUUAACCUCUUUUCUUCCAUCCUAUCUGGUGGGAAAAGGCCGUGCCAUAUGUACAGAACACAAGGGCUUUUCCUAAUGUGUCAUUUUUCUGGGAUUGAUUGCACUGUCAGGCUGGAUCCUAUAUGUUAUCUUUGUCUUUUCAUGAUUGUUUUUUAAAAAGACCGUUUAGCAGAAUGUGAAGGUGUAAUUCCUGGUUGUGACUUUAGUUGGAAGUCGAUGUGCUGAUAAGGGAGAGGUGGCUGGGGUGGGGAGGUACUGAAGAUGAGAUGUCGUGUGGAGCAGCUUUAAUUCCAUGUCAGUCAUUUUAAAGGUAUCAGGAACUGAAUUGUAUUGCCUUAACCUGUAGUAUAUUAGUAUGUGCAUUUAUUUACAUCUCUUGUGAUAGUUUUCAGAUCAAGGGCUGGGGAGUUACCGCAUCCAUCCUAUUGCAAGUUUGGUUCUAAAAAAAUGCAUUUAGUCUCUUGACUGACGACCGUACUCAUACAGUAUGAUUUAAAGAAUGGGCGGGUUACUACUUCUGAUUGGUACUUUAUCACUCACUGUAUAUAGCCUUGAAUGAGCAGGACUGGGCUUGAAGAUUGAGGGCUGACAGCCUGCCUACGCUUUAGCUGAAAUCAAAUGGACUGUAUUAUUGGUAGCUUUUGAGUGUGUAAAGAAGAGCGUUGCCGAAUGGAGGCUCUUAGCUCAGUGUUUUACAGCCCAUAGUUCUCUGUAGACUAGAUCAGUCAAGUCUGGUGGCGCUGCACUCACCUGACUCUCUCUGUUGAUCAUUAACCUUUUAAAAAGAUGAUUCAAUCAUGUAUUUAUACCUUCUCCUUUAGAAGAAUGAUUUAAGAAUGAUUUUGUUUAUGAAGAAAUGAAAUGAUUUUUCAAGGUUUGUUGAAAUAAAACAAUAUAACUCCUAAUG